AUGUCACUCUGGGCCGUUGGUAGUGGUGAUUCCUGCCAUGGAGAACGUGCCGAGCAAUGUUUUGCGGAAAUUUGUGCGGAUUACUUCGGUACGUGUGAAGGAAUGUCGAAGUCCCCACCCCCCAUUUUCUUCGGUUUUGGUCUCACGAGCACUGAAGAUCUCGUCCUGGAGUCUCACUGCGACGCUGCGACUUUGUCUUGUCUCACUGUGAAACGCUUUCGCAUGCGACCUCCUUUCGUCUUUCUAGAUGCCGUUUUUACGGAGGUAGCAGUUUUGAAGCACUAUUUGGCUCUGCCUCAUCCGCAAUUACUGGCGCCACUGGAGGAAGCUGAGAAGUUUCUUUCCUCCAUCAGUGAUGCGAAAUUAUUGCGCCUUGUUAGCACCUACCCUUCCCUUCUCUCGUUCCCGGUAAACAUGGAGGUCGACCAGAGUACUCAUUUUGUGGUAACUCGACAGUUAUUGCAGGAUUCGCUCCUCAGGCACUGGCUCGUUCAACUCAUUCUCCCCUCUGUGAUCAAAUGGGUGCUUGCUCUGUUUGGAGACCUUCACAAGCAUCCUAUGACUGACAAUGCAAGUUCUUUUCGGUGA